AUGCAAAUUACGGCCGACGAUUUGGUGAACCAGGAGGACACCAUACACAAUGUGAAGGUUCAUGUCGAUAGGCGUUACAGAGACCAGCAGGUGUUCGUGGAUGCUGCAAUGCUCGUCGGAGCUGUUCUGAUAUUGAGCGUCACCUUCGGAGGAUGGCUUCAAUUUGCCCUGGGGAAUGUCAUCUGGGGUACUCCCAGAUCAGCGCAGACUACGCAGCCAUGGAGCAGCAUCUUAGUGUCAGACGGUUGCCUUCUACUUCGCCAGGGCGCUGGGCGCAUUCUACCGAUGAACACCUUCCACAUCAAAAGACCCGUCAGUUGAAUCUGCGACAUGGCCAAUUUGACCUCGUUUCUUUUGGCCCAGUCCGUUCUGUUCAUACUUGCGGCCUUCGUUGCAGCAGGUUUGGCAUGCCUGCCACCGAUCCGAGAGCAGCAAGCGAGCGUGAGACUUACGACCCUAAUCGCCGUCACUGUCUGUACUAGCUUAAGUGACCAAGGUUACGAGCUGCAGUGUCCAAUUCGACAGCAAAGUUCCAGAGCAAUACUCGAAGAAGACAUACAAUAGUACAGAAUUCAUCACAGAGUUUUUAGAGUGGAGAGGUGAUGUGGGAGGAGUAGAGAGUGAGGCCGCGCCUAUAUCUUUCAGAUCUUUACAUUCUCGAUUUUGCAUGUUUGGCGAAGAGAAAGUAAACUUCUAGGACCUUGAAAUUGACUGUUUUGCCUCAAACAACUGUACAAAGUGACAGACAUUGCAAGUCGAGGAAAUGCUCAAUUGCUGAUCGUGGUGUGAUUUCACGAAAGCGAACGUAAACGAAAAAAGAACUGCAGACAACGAUGAUUGUUUCUCAAAGAAGCUAAUCUCAAGAAGGCAUUGGCGGAAGCGCGGCUAGAUCUCAAGAAAGCAUUGGCGGAAGCGCGGCUCGAGGACAACAAACAUUGUCAAAAAUAUUUUGCAAACUCCGGCAAAAGAAGGAUUAGUGGCCAACCGGGACGGAAACUCCUCAUAACAAAGGUACGUAGAUGGAGUCAUUAUCACGGCCUUUUCGACAGCUCCAGGAGGUCCAUGGUGCACCCGAAUGUUACGUGUAUGCUCUUCACUCCGAUUCGUGCUCAUUGACUGUCUUUGCGCCCGGUUAUUUUGUCGGAUUCGGAUUAGCUAGAUUUGAAGGUGCCCACAGAGAGUGGAAAUAAAGAUUGGGUUUGUUUCGAUGGGAAGAAAUGGUAACAAUCGUCUAACGGUGAUUCGGUGCGAAUCUGCAUGAGCGAGCAUCCUCUUCCGUGUGUUAACAACAACGAUCAAUCGCGUGUAAACAAGCUGGAGCGUUUUAGUGUUAUAUCAUCAAUUAUUUGAACGCAUCACCUCGACGGCCUUGCAAAGCAUCUGAUUCUUUUGUGAAGGCCAUACAGGAAUCGCUGUCUAGAGAUGGUGUAAAAUACCUGUCAUGAUUGUAACAACUCUUGUUACCCUUUGCUAGUAUAAAGAGAGAUGAGGAUCAAAUGCUGGUCGAGUGGUAUCUCUAUCUAGCAUAGUGCACAAUAUGUGCUUGUAUAAUCACCAUUGCAUUCCGACAUUGGACUUGAAAGGAACUUUGAAGAGUACCUCCUCUGAUUGACUAUGAGCUAGACCUGUUCAAUGCAAUCAUGUUCAAUGUCAUUGCUGGCG